UUAUUUUUUUUUUUUAUGUCUUUUUCGUAAAUUCUCUUUUGUUCAUUGAAUAAACAAUCAUUCUAACGUAUUCUGACGGUUUAGAGUUGCUUUCUCUCUUACUCUUGCGAUGUAUUUUUAUGUAUUUUUAUGUAUUUUGGUGUAAGUUUUAAGUGGAACUUCCAACGGCUAAAGACUUCGGAGAAAUCGAACCGAAAAAUACUCCGAUAUUGUUGUUCCGAGUUGAAAUCUCUCAACUAUCAUUAGUCCUUCGCGCGGAUUAUUUUGACCUACGUGGGUCGAGUUGCGCAAAACGAGAAAACACAUUGAGAAUUUCCGGUCAGAAGAGACGACACAAUCUGAACGUAACGUGUGAAAAUAAACGAACAGAAAAAGAGACAGAUUCUUCUCUAGGUAUUCUUCGUAAUAUUUCAACUCUUGCAAGCAUUAGUGCGGAAGAUGGUAUGAUACAAAAUGAUCAAACCUGGAAAUUUAUAAAUACAGAUGUGCAAGUUGAAAAUGCAAGAAAACUUCUACAGAGGUACAGCAAUAUAUCAACAGAUUUUUCAAAAUCUGUAGAUACAAAUAAAGAGAACGAUCCUAAUGUACAGAAUUUAACAGGCAAAUUGCCUUUUCAAGGAUCUGUUCGCGGCUCUGUUCAGCCAAGAGAAAGUUACACAACAGAAGGAGAUCAGAAAUUUAAUACCAAUCGUUUAACAGAUAAAGACAGUAUAAAUAGUCUCAUUUUUGAACCUACUGAAAUAACAGCUCGUUCGUCAGAAGUUACCAGUAGCAGUAUUACGAUACCUUUAAAUAAAUCGUGUAACGCCACGAGUUUCGCCUCGGAAGAAAUAAUGGCGCAAUUGAAUAAUGAUGACAUAAUGGCACAAAUUAAUGAGGAGAAUUUUCUGUCUGGUUCAAAACUGGCUGAAAAAUUGUCGGUUGAUGAAGCUUGUUGGCAGCAAGAUCAUACAUAUGUUAUGCCAGCACCAAGUACAGAAAAACAACAAUUAGAACUCAGUUCCUUUUCUGGUAUCUUUGGACAGCAUAAUUUAUCAGUAGAGUCCUGUGCUGGACAAAAACUAUCUGUCGGCCAAUACUUUGGACGUAAAUCUAAUAAUGUGGGAGGAUUGGGAAAGAAUGAAAAAAUAAGACCAAGUCUCGGGUUUGCCGCAAAGUCUCCCGUGAAACGAGGCAUCUUGCAACCUUUAGUCGAGUCAACUGUAUCAGAUGCAACAACAUUGUUCGUAGAAUCGAUAAAGGAGCAACAAUAUCAGAAUAAUGCAACUCCAAAUGUAACAAUAGACGCCGAUAAGAAUAGUGUUAUAAGUCUAAGCACCAUUGUUAAUAUUUUAAACGAUAAUAGCGUGACGCCACGACGAUUGGUCGAUGAGAUCUUAAUGGCACAAAGAAAGAAAGAAGGUCCAUCAUUGCAGUCGAAAAACGAAACAUUGGUUUCGGAUAAAAAAUCUAUGUUAGCAACAUCAACUCAAGAUGUCACCAAAAUAGACGAGAAUAUUAGUUCUUUGUCAGAAGAUAUUGCAAAGAAAUUAUCGCUAGAUAGUAGAAUUAAAAACGACUCUAAGACUAAAACCGAUAUGAAGCGUUCACCAGUAUCAUUUGUUUCAAAUAAAACUAUAAAAGAAGAAUCUGAAUCUUUCCAGAAAAGCAAGGAGAAGUUAUUUUUAGAAGAGGCAGCAGGUAGUAAACAUUCGACUUCCUCAAUGUCAACAGAUUUUGAGUUGUUGGUACGGAAGUCCACGUCACCAGUUAAUCAAUCUUACUUGGCAUCUGAAAUGAGUAAAUAUUCUAUUGGAAGUUACGAGGAUUUGAAGAUACCACUUACAGCGAAAAAAGAAACUAAAAGAGGAAGUGAUAUUUCCGACAGGAUGAGUUCGUCGUCCUCAGUAAAAACACUAGCGUCUGUUAAUUUAAACGAAGUCGUUAUCGGCAAGAAUUCAGAAAAUUUAUGUAAUUGUAUUGUCGGCAUGACCAGAGAAGCUAACGUUGAACUUAUAAACAAUAGUAGCAAAUGGAUCACGACUGUCAUAAAAGUAAUUGAAGUGGAAGGAGCAAGAAAAUGUAUUAAAGUAAUUCCACCUCCAAACGAAUUUCUAAUAAAGCCUAAUAAGAAACAUUCGUCGAAGAUCAAAGUGAAAGUAACAAGAUUAUGCGAAGCGAUAUUUCUAACAUUCAAUAUAAAAUUGUCAGAUAUGGUAGGAAAACAGCAGUGGUCUAAAAGACACAUGAUCUGUAUUAAUCCAGAAGAGCUUGAACUUGAUAUUACAUGUAAUAACCCCGAGUUAAAAAAUGAAUUGAAUUUUGAAUAUAUUCCAGAAAAUUCGUUUAAAAUUCUUCCUAUAGUACUUCACAAUAAAAAUAACGUUGACUUACCUGUCAAUCUUUUUAUUUUAUAUGACGAGCCAGAAAUGUUCAGUAUUGAUUGUAAGGUUGACGAAUCGGUCAAGUUGUUGAAAAAGUUUCGUGACAAGUCGAUCGAUUUGUUAUUAAAAGCUCGCAAACAGUGUACUGUUUACGUAAAAUGUGAAAAAUUGCAAUCUACACCGAAAAAUUUUUUGCAAAAACAGCUACAACAUUUGAAAAACAUACUGGUAGUACGCAUACAGUGUAAUGACAGCGACACUACACUCCUGAGAAAAGAAAUACCUCUUUAUGGAAUGAUAGGAAUUUGUGAGAUCCAAAUUAUUGAUACAGAAUUACCUCUAAUUGUUUCAAAACAUCAAGGCAAAUUAUUGAAUGUCAUUAAUUCGGGAAGUGUGGCGACGCACGUGACUGCUACUAUUGUGCCAAGUGAUGAAGAACACACAAAUGCAACGCAAGAUUUUUCUGUAAAACCGGACAAUAUUUAUUUGAAAGCUGGAGAAACCGAUUCAUUCUUAAUUGUAUAUAAACCACAAAUUUCAGAUGCAAACUCGGCAGAUAACGAAAGACAUGCGAAAAUUAAAUUAGUCGCUGGCAUCAAUGUUUACUAUUAUGACGUGAUUGGCGUACAACAAUCGUUAGAAUCGGAAAGAGAGAAUUUCUUACGUUGCCAUACACCCAUUAAUGCCGCGUCUUUGAGUCCGGUAACAUCUCCGCAAAGCGUAACGUCCAGCAGAAAUUCGCCGACCAGUACGGUAUCUAGCGUAGCUGUAGCAGGAAAUAUAAUUCCGGUCAGAACGACUCAUGCCGCUUUAGUAUGGAAGAGUGUGAAGAUAGGAAAAUGCGAGAUCAAAGAAUUCACAAUCCGCAACACGAGUGAUAACAAGAUAAAAAUCCAGUUAGACAUAUGUGAUGACAACAAGAAUUUUAAGUUUUACGGAGACAGACAAGUUAGUACAAGCAUGGUGGUAACGAUGCAACGCCAAGAGAGUAAGACACUCGCUGUUGCCUUUAGUCCAUAUUAUAUAGGACCAAUAUCUGGAAAAAUUACGAUCAGACAUUAUAUUAAAGACAGUAAUAAUCAGCAACACAAAAUAAUAAAGUUGUUUGGAUACGGCGGCUACAGUAAGAUAAACAUCUCAGGAACAUUUAAAGAUUCAAGCGCAAAGAUGUGGCUGUCACUUGGUACUUUGUAUUCCGAAACCACAAUCUUGAAAGCGACAUUUGUACUGCAAAACAAUGGCGACCUUUAUUCAUUCGCUACAAUCAAAAUUGCACCGAAAGUUAUUUCUCCAACAAUGGAUAACAAUUGGAAUAUUAAGCCAAAAGAACUGAUACUACAUCCUAAAGAGACUCGACGAGUUUCGAUUGAGUUUUAUCCUAAGAAAGAAGACCACACGAUAUUGCAACGCUCUGAAGUGUCGCAUGUUGCAACGGUGCACAUCACUUAUGGCGAUGAACCCACUCGCUUGCGAAUACGCAGAUUAGUCAACAAAAGCAAAGAAGCCGGUGAUUGGAUGGGAAAUGAAAAAGAAACAUUCAAAAAUAUUGUGCUUCCCAUAUGCAAAGUGUUUCCCGGAGAGGAAAUAGUACAAGGUUUAUUGUCAAUUCGUGAUUCCGUUCAAAAUCUGAGUGACCUUUGCACCGGAGUACAUCAGCAUGAAGUAAUGCUCACUGUGGAAAAAUGUAUAGAUGAAACCUUGCCUGUUCAUUACGAUACUGACGAAUCACAGAUGUUUUACUCUCUGAUAAGUGACACCACAGACACAGAUGAAGAAGCUGGAACAAGUUUUUUUGUUAAUCCAACUGCGGAAGACUGUGAGGUUGAGCAUCCCGAAGAACACCUUACUGUAACUCCGUCCACUGUUAUUCUCAAUCCUCCGAUAUUAAACGAAGCAACUGUGAACAUUUUCAGUUUGUUUAAAACAGCCCAGCCAUUUCAAACCAAUCUGUUGGAUUCCAACUUCAGUGUUCUUCCUACAACAGGAAUGUUACCGAGCAAGACGAAGUUUCCCUUAAAAAUUCAAUGUUCGCAAAGAAUUGAUCACAACAUGGACACCGUACUCGAAGUUUACACAGAAAAUGAGAAAGUUAACGUGCCAAUUAAGAUUAUUGUCAAGAAACGAUAAUCAAAUAAUGUGUGUAAUUUAAG